AUGCUGCCCUGCAAAGCGUGCCUCACACGGGCGCUUCAGCCUUUUUCGGGCAAGGCCUCUUUCUCCGAAAUACCUUCUGCGCUACCCGCCCUUUACCAUGGGCCCCCGGGCAGCCAACGCCGACUUGCCCAUAGAAAGGCAACACCAACGACGGCCGCGGGCCGGGCAUUUUUGAAAGAAGCCCAGGAUAUCGCGCGAACCUCCGACGGCGACGACAAGGACUUGGCAGAAAAGAGGAGGAAACAGAAGCUAGACUGGGCCGUGUCAAAGCAUCUCGAGCACUUGGAAAAUCCCUUCAACGUCGCGAAGCACGUCGAGGCGACCCUUGAAAAGGGCCGCUUCGACGAGGCCCUCCUCCUCGUCCAGCGCGCCAGCGGUAAGGACAACAACCUCGUCGUGGCUUGGAACCACCUUAUAAAGUACCAGAUCAUGGGGAUGAAGCGUGUCAAUUACGCCAUCAGCCUCUUCAACGACAUGAAGAAGCGCGGCCAGUCGCCCAACGAACAGACCUUCACCAUCAUCUUUACCGGCUGCGCAAAGUCUCGCGACCCAAAAGCGGCCAGCCCCAAGGCCCUUGGCAUCUACAAGAUGAUGCUCAAGGAGGACGCAAAGAUCCAGCCCAACUCGAUCCAUCUCAACGCCGUCCUCCAGUGCUGCGGCCGCGCAGGUGAUGUCGAAAAUAUGUUCACACUGGCCGACACGGCCGACGCCAAGUCCGGUCGCAAGAAUACCGCUUAUACGUACACGGCCAUUAUCAACACACUACGCGCAGAGGCAGAGAAUCAAGACAACCGCAAAGGGCAGUCUCUUCAGGAGCACAUCGAGACGGUGGAACAGGCGAUCAAACGAUGCAAGCAAAUCUGGGAGGAGGUCAUGCGCAAUUGGCGCAACGGCAAGCUGGAGAUUGACGAGGACCUGGUGUGCGCCAUGGGCCGCGUCCUGCUCCUCGGAGGCAACCAGGACAGAGGCAGGAUUCUCUCCAUGCUCGAAGAAACCAUGAGCGUCCGCGACUACAAUCGCGCGCCGACAGGCGACGACUACGCACACCGCAUCAACGACGAGAUGAAGGGCAUCAGCGUGCCGGGCAGCAUCAAACGCAAAGCUACGGUCCUCUCACCGAAAAUCAAAUACGCCGUGCCACGGUCCAACACCCUAUCUCUCGUUCUCGCCAUCGUCCGCGAGCAGAGGCAAACCAAGCUGGGCGUAAAAUACUGGGACCUGUUUGUCCACUACUACGGCGUCAAGCCCGACACGGACAACUACCACCAAAUGAUCCGUCUCUACGAGCGCAGCGGCUCGAGUAAAGACGCCGCCAAGGCUGUGCGUCUGAUGCCCUCCGACAAACCCGUCCCUCCCAUCGUCUACCGCCGUGCUCUCUCCGCCUGUAACAACAACAACAUGAGUCAGAACGCAUUCGUCGACGCCACGUCCGUCCUCAACACGAUGCUCGCUCACGGCGCCGCGCAGAAAUCGCCUGUGGACGUGCGCGCCCUCCUCAUUUACAUGAAGGCCGGCAUCAUUUGCCACUUCCGCUUCCGCCAGAUGGAUAAAGCGGGCGACAGAAAGGGCGCGAAGCGCGCCUAUGGUGAGCAGCUCGCCGCCGCCGUGGACAACCUCUGGCAGCCCUUCACGGCGGCGCAGGAGGCUCUGAUCAAAUCCCAGGGGAAAUACGCGGCCCGGCAACGCGCCGAGGCUGUCGAAGACCUCGCUGACCUCGCGCGCAAGAUGAUUAGCGCCGUCGACAAGGUCGUCAAUGAGAACACCCUUACCGACACCGAAGCGCUCAACAGGCUCAAGGAGAAGCGGAGCAAGCUCAAUCGUCUUGCGGUCGAGUUUACCGACCCGAAUCAGCGUAUGGAGGAUACUGCAUCCGCCAAGAAAGAUGACCAAGAAAUGUUGGACUUCUAG